AUGUCUUCUAAGGAUAAAGAAAAAACUAGGAAAGUAUGGUCUAACACUUGUUUUAAUCCAUUUAAGAAAAAGAACCACAAAUCAGUUAUUGAUAUUAGAAAAGAAGUUUUUAACAAAGCUCAAGAACUACCUUCUGAUUGCAUGAAAACCUCUCCAAAAUCUAGGAGUCGCAAAAAAAUAGCAGCUGAAUUUGCAACUUCAGAACGUCAAGCUAGAAAUGCUAAAAAUCUCGUUGAUAAGAAUGGAAUUCUUACACAACCAAAUCGAAAAAAGGGUAAUUUACUAAGUCUCGAUGUUGAAUCAUUAGUGAAAAAGUUUUAUGAGGAUGAUAAUAUGAUUCGUUUAAUAUCGGGAGUUAAAGACUGUGUUUCAGUGCGAAUAAUUGAUGAAAAGUAUAGCUAUGCCAUUACUGGACCACAGUUCCUGCGGCUGCCGCUAGAUGGCGCCACUGUCGCAUACCAUGCCUUUAAAUGUCGAAUUCAAACGAGUAUUAUCGUCAAUUUAGUCCACAUAGAUGUCAGUGCUUUUUUGGAUGCCGCGAGAAUAUUGUUUGCGGAAUACAUUGCAACUGUAUUGGAGAAGCAUGGUCCACUGAAAGUAUACGCUGUUCUUGGUGCUAAAUUCCGAAAAGUCGUCAACGAUGAGGAAAAAGUUGAAUCGAAGUAUUUUAAUGUGAAGAGUGAAAUAAUAUUCCUGACAACAAAAUUAAUUGUGUGGUGCUGUAAAAAUGUCAUGGAGCCAAUUUUGAAGCAAGUGGAGGAGUUUGCAGAAAAGGAAUCACAGUGGACAUUGCAUUCGAUUACGAAAUUGGAAAUUAAUGUAAACAAAUAUAAUGCAGUACGUGUUGGUUCCUAUAUUGAUUUACCACAUCAAAUAAAAAUAAAGAAGGCUUGUGUCAAUGUACAAAAUUCUGACAAGAUGUGCUUCAAGUGGUCAGUAUUAUCGGCUUUGCACCCAAGAAAUCAUCACUCAGAUCGAGUUUCGAGUUAUUAUGAGUUUCAAAAUGAAUUGAACUUUACUGGAAUCGACUUCCCCGUCACCUUAAAGGACAUUGUAAAAUUCGAGAAACAAAAUGACAUCUCUAUCAAUCUAUACGGACUUCGCUUAGUGAACAAAAAUUUCAAUACUGUUCCAUUACACCUAACAGCAAACAAAAAACUAAGUCAUGUAAAUUUAUUAAGAGUUAAAAGUCACUACGAGAACGAGGCUGAUAGUGAUGAUGAUAAUGAUGUUCCUAAUGUUACCAUUCCUGCUGCAUCUGAUGAUGUAAUAUCACCAAACUAUCACUAUGUAUGGAUUAAGAACUUAUCGAGGCUUGUAAAUUAUCAGCUAUCUACGAAUGGACAUAAAAAACAUAUUUGUGACCGAUGUCUUCAUUACUUUGUCACGGAGGAGAGAAACAAGGAGAAAGUUCCAUUUGUAGUGUACGCCGAUUGUGAGUGUUUGCUUUAUCCUGUUGAAGAUCAAGAGUCAACUUCUAAUAUUGAAGUCAUUCAACAACAUGAGGUGUUCAGUAUUGGUUACUACGUUAAGUGCAGCUAUGAUGACUCGUUAUCCGGAUACCAUUCCUGUCCAGAGGGAGCAGAUGCUGCCAAGUGGUUUGCCCAGGAGUUGAAGCAGUUGGCAGAAAAAGUGGACGCUAUCAUCAAAAAUCCAAUUCCGAUGAAUCCAUUGACGCGUGACGAGAUUGAAGCUUUCGUGGAUGCUACAAUCUGUCACAUUUGUGAAGGAAAAUUUUCACCGCAACAGAAGAAGGUGCGAGAUCACUGCCAUCUAUCAGACUCCUUCAAGUUCAUGGCAUCGUCUUUAGAAAAGCUUGCAUCAUACCUCUCCGAGUAUAAAAUCGUUAAUCAAGUAUUUUCUAACCUCACAAGUGACGAAAUCGGUUUACUUACGCGUAAAGGGGUUUUACCGUACGAAUAUUUAGAUUCUCGAGAAAAACUAAAAAAAACAAACUUGCCCACUAAAGAACAGUUUUAUAGUACGCUUAAUGACAGUACGGUUUCGGAUGAAGAUUAUUUACACGCAGGAAACGUUUGGUCCACUUUCAAUUGCUCUAAUCUCGGUGACUAUGUAGAUUUAUACAUGAAAACGGACGUAUUAUUGUUAGCAGACAUCUUUGAAAAUUUCAGGAAACAAAGCAUACAAGCAUAUAUACUCGACCCUGCUCAUUAUUAUACUACCCCGGGAUUAACAUGGGACGCGAUGCUAAAAUACACGAAUGUGAGGUUAGAAUUGCUUACUGACAUUGACAAACUAAUGUUUUUCGAACGCUGUGUGAGAGGUGGAAUAAGUCAAUGUAGUAAUCGAUAUGCAAGCGCAAAUAAUCCGUAUAUGGAAAAUUUUAAUGAUAAUAAGGAAACAAAGUAUAUAAUGUACUACGAUGCAAAUAAUUUGUAUGGUUGGGGUAUGGUACAACCACUCCCUUAUGGUGGAUUUGAGUGGGUUCAAGUAACAGACAAUUUCGAUUUCAAUAUUUCCGACGAUUCACCGUUUGGAUACAUUUUAGAAGUAGAUUUAAAUUAUCCGAAAGAGUUACACGACACUCAUAGUGAUUUACCUUUCUGCUCAGAACACUCAAAUCCACCAUCAGAGUCGAAACAAGCCAAGUUGUUGACAACAUUAGGACCAAAACGCAAAUACAUAAUCCAUUACAGAGUACUAAAACAGGUUCUAAAUAAUGGUCUCGAGUUAGUAAAAAUUCACAGAGUCAUGAAAUUUAAGCAAUCAAAGUGGCUUAAGCCGUAUAUCGAUUUUAAUACUGCUAGGAGAACGAAUGCUAAAAACGAAUUCGAAAAGAACCUGGUUAAACUUAUGAAUAACGCGGUUUACGGAAAAACGAUGGAAAAUGUACGCAAACACGUCGACGUUAAACUUGUAACCAAAUGGGGUGGUCCAUAA